CCACCACGCCCAUCCACUCUCCCGGACACGACCAGGACCCCGCCCACUCCCUGAGCCACGCCAAUGAGCCCGCCCACUCGCCCACCCACGCCUAUCUGUACAGCGGCGUGGCGCGAGGUCGUCAAUAAGCUGGAGGUCACCUCCAAAGCCCUGGACGUGAUGUGGAAAUUCGACCACACGCUGCAGCUGACGGAGAGGUCUCUCGAGAACCUCCUGACGGGGAAGAUGGGAGACGAGAGCUACAAGGUCAUGACCAACUUGUAUGACCAGACGGAGGACCUCUUCAAGUACCAUGCGGAGGUCGAGCUGAGCCUCCCCGCCUGGCACUUCAGCUACGUGGACACCCUCCAGCAGCGCUACGAGGGCGACGUGGUGGGCCAGAGCACGACCGUCAUGCCCUCGGGGAGAGUCUACAGCUCCUCCUCCAGGUACUUCAAGGGCAAGGACGGCGACAGGCUGGUGUUCGACUUCUCCUACGACAUCCUGGUCCGCGAUGGGGUCGACACCUGGAAGAUUGCAGCGCGAGAGUCCUUCGAGUGGUCCUCCAACCUCCUCAACCUCCACUGCGGCCUCGAGAUCGGUGACGUCACGCUCUUCGGCUUCGAGAUGACCCUCGACGGCUCGUCCUCGGAUGAGGUCGACCUCUUCCUCAAGACGUGGACCAGGAACGUGUACGAGGGCGAGCUGGCCCUCAACAGCGUCGGGCCCAAGACGGAUAUCAAUUUCAUGGUCUUUGUUAUUCCUCUAAAUCGGGAAAUUAAGAGCAAAGUCGCCCUGGGCCACGACGGCUGCCUCGGCGGGAGCGUGGACGGCGAGCUGGCCUGGGACGUCCGCGGCGACCACACCAAGACGCUGACGGUGUCCUCGGCCAUCCAGUUCCCGGCUGAGACGAGGACGCUUGUGCUCAAGGGCGCGGUGACGGUGCUGACGUGGACGUGGAAGACGGAGCUGCAGGUCGAGUUCGGAGACGAGGUCGGCGACAACCACAGCGUCACCUUCGCCCUCACUUUGCCGGACGAGUCGAGGUUAGAGGCCGGGUCACAGCUCAUCUUCUCCUUGGGCAACAAUGACCUAGCCCUCGGGAUGACCUUUGACCUACGCCUGCCGUCUGGAACCUUCCAUAAUGUGUCCUUGGUCGCCCGCGGUCACAGGACGAGCCACGGCCUAGCGGACGGUAUGGUCUCCCUCAACAUCGACUCUCCCGUGACUGACGACGUCCACUUCCGCCUCCACGUGAAGAAGCAGGAGGGCGAUGGCAGGACCGACGUCGGCGUUACGCUGACGUCCCUGUCCGGCGCCAACUACUGGGAUCCCAUCUCGGGCAAAGCGACGUGGCUGUGGGACGGCACGCGGGCCAACGUGGUGACGGAGGUGACGUGGGGGGACAUGACGAUCAACUUCGACGCCCUCGGGUCCUACAAGAUCGUGCAGGGCGAGCACCAGCUCCUGGGGUCGGCUGAGCUGCGAGUCCCCGAAGAGGCGCCCAUAAUCUGGCAGCAGCUGAAGGCGACGGUGGUCGGCACCUUCAGCGCCAGUGACAACCCUAGUAAACUGAAGAUGAGCCACACCAUCGUCGUGUACAAGGAUUACAGGGAAAUCCUCAACACAGACGGCGAAGUGACAAUCCAGGUACCUAAGGCGGAGGGUCGGCUCUCCCUGUCCCACUCUGGCUCCGUCGCCACCCACCACGUCUACACCAUGACAGGAACGUUCACGGGCAAAGAACUCGAGGUGGACGUAAAGGGCACGGUGGACGACGCCCCCGUCAGCAUCUCCGUCCACUACAUAGACGGCCGGGAAGUGACCGUCCAGGGGAGCUACAGAGAGGAGGGCUACCUCAGCGUCGCCUUCAGAACGGAGUUGAAGGAUAUCAGCAUCGGCAUCAGAAAGGGAAAUGGUACCUCGUUUUCUCUGACGAGUGACGGACAGGUAGUGUACCGUGGCUCGAGGACGAAGCUUCACCACCAGCUCUCCAUCACGCCUUCCAGAGCCUCCUCCUUCUUCAGGCUGUCUCCCUUCCUUGGUAGAGUCCUCAAGAAAACACAAAAGAAAACGCCUUUCUUCCUCAAACUCAAAAACGCAACUCUUACAGUCUCUUUGCUCUCAGCUGACGACCUCUCUCUCUCACUGACACCGCAUCCAAGUAACACGACUCCCCUCUCCACCCUGGUCGGCCAGAACGUCGACCUGAGUUGGGGUGCACGCAACUUCACGUACCGAGACGACGUGCACUUCCGCACCUUCCGCGACUGCACCAUCAGACUCGAGAUGGACGCCCCGCACCUCAACUUCGACAAAGUCACGGUGAAGUUGGAGUCGAACUUAGAAGGAGAGGGAGAACAAGCUGUCCACGGCAUGUACUUGGUUCACAACGCCACUCUCCACAGUGCAAGAUUAACAUACUACACCCACGACGUCGAGGAGGAGCGGGUGUGGCAAGCGGGGGUGAGUGACCUCGUAGUGAAUGCCAGGUCGUACAGUGACCUGAUGGUUCGUCAUGCGCUCGCCCUGCCUGGUGGGGGCGUGCAGAUAAAGAGCAACUUGACCGUCGACGCCACCCCGGUCGUGGGCGUGACCGUCACCCACACCUCGGAGACACGGGCGUUGUUGCUCUCCGUGUGUUCCACCAGCGAGGAGUGCGUGCGCCUGCAAGCUCACGCCCACGCCCGCAGCACGCCUUCCACCAGGACGUAUUCCGUGGCCGCCCACGCUCUCAACUCCCUCUUCUGGCAGACUCCUGACGACCCCCUGGUGCAGAAUUCGGUUACUUUCACCCGCGGAGGAAACGUCUGAGGAGGUGAUGGUCACGGGUGGCAUCCGUCGCGUGGAGUGCCAGCGAGUCACGUGUGAGACCUUCGAAAAUCGGGGACUUCUGCACGCCACUCUUCGCCUCACGCCCGAGACACUGGAUCUGCUCCUGGACACCACCA